AUGACCUGCCUCGAGAAUUCCGCCGACUUCAAGCAGUACCUAAAAUCACUCACCGUUGGAGAAGGCUGCACUGGCACGUUUCAAAUGGCGCGCCUGUAUCAGCGUCGCUGCGCAAUGCUGGAGGGCGAGGACGGAAUCACAAGCGCUCCGAAGAUCGAAGUCACCCCGCGACACUUCACGCGCAGUCAAACGAAGCGGACACAGGGCUCACCAUCACAGAGGCCGUCUGUCAAGAGUCUCACGGACGACAUGGACAACAUGACUCUCGGUGGCGGCGGCAAUGUGCCGCAUACUCCGAAAACGCCGUGGCACAAUUCCGGCGGCGCAGGCGGCGAUGACGAUGGUGAUAAUGGUGACGACAGUGAUAGCGAUGACGGAGUGGACCACUGCAUUUACCUCUCCCCAUUUGCAUCGUACGACUCGCCUCUGGCCUCACAGUACACAGACAACGUGUUCCAGGUCAUUGAGGACGAGCAAAUCGUCAACUUUGCCCUCUGCCUGCUGCUCGACUCGCUCGUCGAACAGUCCGGCGAUGUCGUCGAGGGUGGCCACUGGACGCCCACCCGCUCACCGUUCAAGGUCAAGGACGGCAAGAGCGACAAGCUCGCCGACAUGAUCGUCGAGGUCAAGCUUAAUUCGCGAGAAAAGGGUGGCCCGGAAGUGGACAUGCAGGAGUCGGCCCAGAUGACCGCCUGGGUUGCCACGCUCGCGCGCGAGACAGAGGCCGCCGCGCAGAAAGAGGCGGGUCCCGAACCGACGGCAGCAAAAAACCGCAAUCGCAUCUUCGUGACGAUUGCUACCUUUGAUGAUGCCUAUGUUGACUACAUUUCCAGCAUCGGCACAUCCUACGAAGGCACAGAGGGACCACUCCUGGAGAUGCAGCGCUAUGGGGCCGCUGAAGUUUCUGAAAACGGAGACAUGAAAAGGCUGUGCGCUGUUUUGCUCGCUCUUGCUAUCGAGGGAGGAGUACUAAAUGAGUAA